GCCAAUCUCUCCGAUCAAUUCAGCCGAAAUGGAUACAACUCCGUCGUCGGAAGUCCCCGCUCCACGGAGAACGCUAAGAAAAAAAGCAAUCAGAAAAAACUACGACGAGAACGCGAUGGACGAAAUCAUCGAAACCUCCAAGAAAAAAAUCAAAACGAAGCAGCAGCUAGAGAAAGAGACCGAGACGGAGGCUCUGAUCGCGUUAUCCGUCGGUUUCCCGAUCGACGAGCUUCUCGACGACGAGAUCCGCGCCGGCGUGGUGAGGGAGUUAGGCGGGAGAGAGCAGAACGACUACAUCGUCGUUAGGAACCAUAUAGUCGCUAGGUGGAGGAGUAACGUUAGGGUUUGGCUUCUCAAAGACGAGAUUAGAGAGUCUGUUAGUAGUGAAUGCGAGCAUUUGAUUUCAAAGGCUUAUGAGUUUUUGCUCUUUAACGGUUACAUUAAUUUCGGCGUGUCUCCUUUGUUUAAUGGAUAUUUGAAUAAUGAUGAUUGUGGAGAAGGAGUUGUGAUCGUUGUUGGGGCUGGACUUUCUGGUUUAUCCGCUGCGAGGCAGCUUUUGUCGUUCGGGUUUAAGGUUGUUGUUUUGGAAGGGAGGGGGAGAGCUGGAGGGAGAGUUUAUACUCAGAGGAUGGGAGGGGAAGGGAGUUUUGGAGGAGCUGUUGAGCUUGGUGGGAGUGUUAUCACAGGUUUACACGCGAAUCCUCUCGGGGUUCUCGCGAGGCAGCUUUCGAUUCCUCUUCAUAAGGUGAGGGAUCACUGUCCUUUGUAUGACUCUGAGGGGGAGGUUGUUGAUAAGGUGGUUGAUGGAAACGUCGAGUUUGGGUUUAAUAAGUUGUUGGAUAAGGUUGCAGAAGUUAGGGAGAUGAUGGGUGGGGAUGGUAAUAAGGUUUCGUUGGGUGAAGUGUUGGAGACUCUUAGGGUUUUGUAUGGUGUGGCGAAAGAUAAGGAGGAGAGGAAGGUGUUUGAUUGGCAUGUUGCGAACUUGGAGUAUGCGAACGCGGGGUGUGUUUCGAAUCUUUCUGCUGCGUAUUGGGAUCAGGAUGAUCCGUAUGAGAUGGGUGGGGAUCAUUGUUUUCUUGCUGGUGGGAAUUGGAGACUUAUCAAUGCGUUAGCUGAAGGGUUACCUAUUCUAUAUGGGAAGAGAGUUGAUGCUAUUAAGUAUGGAGAGGGAGGAGUUGAAGUGGUUUCUGGAAGCCAGAGAUUUCAAGCAGACAUGAUUCUUUGCACCGUGCCGCUUGGGGUUUUGAAGAAAAGAUGUAUUAAGUUUGAGCCAGAGUUACCUAGGAGAAAGCAAGCUGCUAUUGACAGGCUGGGCUUUGGUCUUUUGAACAAAGUCGCUAUGCUUUUCCCGUCUGUCUUUUGGGGUGAUGAUUUGGAUACAUUUGGAUGCCUCAAUGAUAGUAGCAUUGACCGAGGAGAGUUCUUUCUCUUCUACGCAUACCAUACAGUCUCUGGUGGACCUGCUUUAGUUGCCUUAGUUGCUGGAGAAGCUGCUCAAAGAUUUGAGUCCACAGACCCAUCUACUUUACUUCAUCGUGUUUUGAAAAAACUCAGAGGUAUAUAUGGUCCUAAAGGUGUUGUUGUACCUGACCCAAUACAGACGAUCUGCACUAGAUGGGGAAGUGAUCCUUUCUCAUACGGAUCAUACUCUCACGUAAGAGUUGGCUCAUCUGGCGUGGACUACGACAUUCUAGCAGAAAGUGUAGAUAACCGACUAUUCUUCGCUGGUGAAGCCACGACAAGGCAACAUCCAGCAACAAUGCACGGCGCCUACUUAAGCGGGUUAAGAGAAGCGUCUCGGAUUCAACGCGUUGUGAAUCUUUCUCGCGGUUACCCAAAGAAACCUGUCCAAAGAUACAGUGGAGUUAGUAACGAUGUUCUUGAAGAUCUGUUCAAAAGACCCGAUAUUGAAUCUGGACAGUUCUCGUUUGUCUUCAACCCAUCAACCGAUGAUCCGAAGUCACUUGGAAUAGUCAGGGUUUGUUUUGACAGCUUUGAAGACGAUCCAACUAAUCAUCUUCAGCUUUAUGGUAUCUUAUCAUGGGAGCAAGCUCAGAAGCUUGAAGAGUUGGGUGAGAGUAGUAGUGAAAGAAAAUUGACAUAUAUGGUGAAUACUCUCGGAUUAAAGCUGAUGGGUGCUAACUCUGUGCUAGACACAUGUGGUGCGUUGAUCAGUGUGGUAGCUAACGCACGCAAAGGUAGAAGCAGGACUCGUGUCGUUGUAAGGCAAUAACUCAUUCUUAGGUUUCUUUCACUAACCCUACCAUCACAUGGUUUUAUGCUUUGCCUUUAAUUCGUUUGUCAUUGUUGGACAUAUUCUGAGACUGCGAAAUGUACACAAACAAUGAGAUAGAGAAUCAAAUAUUUUC